CAUGGAGAUUCUCUGAAUCAGGUGCAUCUUUUUUUGUUGAUUUUGCAUCAAAACACGCUCUUCAUGCAAAUUGUUCCGAAACUGUUCGUUAUGCAGGAGAAUUUCAUCCACGACCAAUUUGUGGAUGGGAUAAAUUCAAUUCAUCUGAUCCAUUAAAUUUUAAUCAAUGGGAAUUAGUUAUUGAUAAUGGAUCAGGUACCUAUGCACCAGAUCGAUCACUUCUUAGUAAAUUGAAAGAUUUAUUAUCUUUCAAUUUUCCUGGUUUAAAGGUUGUUACUUAUCAUGUCGAAGAUCCUCAAUUAAAAUCGAGUAUUGAAGCUUGCCGUUCGUUUGCUCAACCUUGUACAAUUAAACCAAUGAAAACAAUUGAAUAA